UGUAAACCCUGAUAGGGUGAUAAAAUUUCUCUUUCGAACAUGCGCAUUUUCGAUGUUCCCUCAUAACAAUUUACAUUUUAGAACAGCUAACAUUUGCGACUUCUAUAUUCAUUGCCAUUCUCUUUUUCAAUCGAGCAUCAUACAGAAUUUUAUUUGCACCUUCUCGUUCUUUUAAGUUCUCUGGUUAAAAUUGUUCUCAUUUUCGAAUCAUCCCUACACAAAUAACACAUCUGUAAUUGGAAUUGUAAAUUUGACGUUUCAGGUCUGCCAACUUGACGCUAAAGUAAAGCAUUUCUUCCUUUCCUAAAAAAUCGUGUCUGUGUUAAAGACGUGUUUAAAUACUUUUCAAGUGUUUUAACAGAACAUCUACAAAAUGUCUGGUACUACCGCCACUAUUCGCACCCGCAAGUUCAUGACCAACCGGCUAUUAGCUCGUAAACAAAUGGUUUGCGACGUUCUGCAUCCCGGAUUGGCUUCAGUCAACAAAAAGGAUAUCCGCGAGAAAUUGGCUGCUAUGUACAAAGUAACUCCCGAUGUGUGCUUCGUAUUCGGUUUUCGUACUAAUUUCGGUGGUGGACGUUCAACUGGGUUUGCGCUUAUCUACGAUACUUUGGAUUAUGCCAAGAAAUUUGAACCUAAGUACCGUUUGGCUCGUCAUGGGCUUUUCGAACAGAAGAAACAGACCCGUAAACAACGUAAGGAACGCCGCAACAGAAUGAAAAAGGUGCGUGGUACUGCCAAAUCCAAGAUUGGAUCCGGCAAAAAGUAGAUAAUCCACGAAUGUAAAAAUUAGAGCAAAUGUUAAUAUUCUGCCAUUCUUAACUAUUUAUUGGUGUUUUGCAACAUUUUUAAAUUACAAAAUAAAAGUAAUAGAAUUUUUACUUUGAAGUGGAAUGUAAUAUCAGUUUAUAUUGGGAAUGGAAGAAAUGGAUUGCAUUUGCAUGGCAUUUGGCCAUUUUUUAUGCAUAAGUAAAUAAAUAUCAAUUAAAAGAAGGAUUAACUCUUUUAUUUAUUUAUGAUCAUACCAAAUUUGAAUUAAAUGCUAAUGCUUAGAUGGUACCAAUAUAUGUAUGCUCAUAAAAGAAAUGCUGGUAUUUGUGUUUUUUUUUAUAAGGAUGUACUCUUGGACGUGUUAUAAACAAGUUGAAGACGUUUUUCAGUUUUUUGUAUAGCAUGACUAUAGAUAAAUGCAGAUAUGUUGUUAUAAUGAGUUCAAUAAACAUUUUUUAGCGUGGCAAACUUGUUUAUGCAUAAAUCUUUGCCCAGAUGCAUGGAGGUAACAGCCUCAGGUAAAUAUACUAUAAAGUUACCAAAAACUAUUUGGGAAAAGUGCGUUCGAAUACUCUUAUUAUCGCCAACUGGCUAUGGUUCCUCUUAUACGAUUUUAUACUACAUAUGUAGCUCAAUAAUGACAAAUAAAAAUGCUGCUGUUGAUUUUUUUAAGUUCAACUCACCAUUAAUAUAAAAAAAAGAAUUAGAGAUUACGUCAAUAGUCAGAGGUUAACUUUUAGUUGGCGAGAUGAUUUUAUCAACUUUGCAAAUGUUAUUUAAUUUUAAAUAAAUAUAUCAACACUGAUGUGAGUAUAAGUAUACAUAUUUUGCUUAUAAUAAAAUAAAUAAUACUAUAUUCUGACUGCAUAAAUAUUUUGUAACUCGUUUUAGUAAAACUUUUUCAAUAUAAACUAAUGAAUAAAGUUUAUUUCACUUGUUUACAGAAGUGUUUACGUUUUUGUUUACAAUAUAUAAGCAAUUUGACAGUUUUUCUACGUUGCCUAAUCUUAUUACAUAUUGUUGUUGUAACGGCAGAAUUCUACAGUUACAUAGACCCGACUGUCCUGGGAACGGAUUCUUAUUCUAUAAUAUAUGACGCCAUCGUUAGUCGGUUGUCAUUCUUAAUUAUCUUUGGUCCAUUUUGUAUGAUUCUGUCAAGUUCAGUGUUGCCAACAGUGAAGAUUUAUCUUCAAAAUUACAAUUUGUUUAUAAUAUAUAUUAUCUAAAUUUUCAAUCAAAAAAUCUUCAUUAUCGAUAUAUCUGAAUAUUGUGACUACAAUAGAUGAUAGAACAAAAUCGAAUGAACGAUAAACUGCCAGAAGCAACUAGUUAGCGAAUUCGUAGUUGCCAGAAUGUUCUAGAAGCAAUGUUUUGUUACAGAUUUACUAUAUCACUUUAUACACCGGAUUGCCGGACUGUGCAGCAAACACAGUUCUAGUUAGAGUGUUGUCGUGAUAAGAGCAAUUAAGCUAUAAGCAAGAAGUUGUAAGCUCGAAUAACGAGCAAUAAGUGUUAAGUUGUUGGAAUUAGAAAUAAAGAUAAGUGUGUAGCCAUUAAAUUGGGACUUUUAUUUAACAAUCCAGUGAUCGAACUCAAGAGUGAGUUACAGGUAGACGAUUUAUCGAGAAAUCCGUUACAAUAUACUUGAAGAUUUUUCUUCUUUAUAUUGUUCGAUUUUUGAACACCCUCAGUUCAUUUGGUCGGCAAACGAUUUUAAAAAUACUUUUAAGUUCUCUUAAUUUACAAUACUUUAACCUAUUUUUGUUUUGCUAUGCAUAUUUACUUUAUAUUCAUACUAUAUUAUACUUUUAAUAUUUUUAGUGAUAAUAAUUUCAGCACAUUAACCUGAAGAAUAUCUAAUAAUUGUUUUGUUACAUAUAUUUGUGUAUAAAGUGAUACUAAAUGUAAUAUGUGUACCAUAUAUCUAAACUCGUGUACCCGAAAGAUGCCCUAAAUUAAAAAUGUGAAUGAUCUUAAGUGAAAUAAAAAAUAAAAAAUUUAAAAUAGAAUUAAUAAUGUGAAUAUAUUACUUUUGUUUGUGGAAAAAUUUAUUAAUUUUUUUCUCACACUACACACCGAACAACAUCACCAACAACAACAUAACAAUGCACCCGGGCCCCCUUCAACUUUCGCUCUUUCGAUUUUAAGUACAUCAAAGCAAAACUCCAAUGACAAGCGUUGUCACAAUGUUUCUCUAUCAUACUAGUUGUGAUUGUUGUAGCGGUUAUCUAGACCUUGUUUUGGUGACAUGGCACUAAAUUUAAGGAGUGUUCUGUUUCGACGGGUUCAGACCAUAGGGAGAGGUACGUUCAUUGCAUAAAUAUAAGGCUUAUACAAUGGGUACGUUAGAUGAGUGAAAUUGUCUGAGCAUGAAAAAAUGUACUUAGUCUCCGUAUAUGUUGGCCACACACUACCAUAAAUUGCAUUACAUUAAUAUUUGCCGAGAAACCGCUAAAAUCUGAUAUUGUUUAGGUGCAAACGUCUUGUUAUGAAAAAAGUAAUGAACAUUUCCCACUAUGGGGAAGUGCGAACAAAAGUUCAAAAGUUUUUAAAUCCAUGCGGAUUGUCAGCUGUUCGAUAUAGUUGGUAAUUUGUUUACAUUUAGUUCAAAAAUGAAGAAAAGGGAAGUGAGUCCAUUUGCCACAUUAGGCUUAAGGCCUUGGUUAACAAAACAACUUCAAAAGUUGGGACUUAGAACUGCCACACCAAUUCAACAGAACUGCAUUCCAGCAAUACUUACUGGCCGAGACUGCGUUGGAGCUGCUAAAACGGGGUCUGGUAAAACAUUUGCAUUUGCAUUACCGAUUCUAGAAAGACUAAGUGAAGAACCGACCAGUCAUUUCGCGUUGGUGUUGACACCAACGCACGAGCUUGCUUAUCAAAUUUCGGAGCAAUUCUUGGUGGCAGGGCAACCGAUGGGGGUGCGUGUAUGCGUUGUCUCUGGAGGUACUGAUCAAAUUAUUGAGAGUCAAAAGCUUAUGCAACGCCCGCACAUUAUUGUUGCCAUGCCUGGACGUCUAGCUGACCACUUAACUGGAUGCGAUACUUUUUCAUUUGAUAAUCUCAAAUAUUUAGUUGUUGACGAGGCGGAUCGUAUGCUUAAUGGGGAUUUCGAUGAAAGUAUGGCUGUAAUCGAAGGUUGUUUACCCAAAAAACGACAAAAUAUCUUUUUCUCAGCUACAAUGAAAGAUUUUAUUAAGGAAUCGAGUAUAUUUCCCAUCGCAAAAGAAUGUUUUGAAUGGUCAGAAGAGUGCGAGAUUGUAACAGUGGAUACACUUGAUCAACGUUACAUUUUAUGUGCAGAUUACGAUCGGGAUAUGGUGUUGAUAGAAGCACUUAGAAAAUAUCGAGAAGAAAAUGAAAACGGAAAUGCAAUUAUUUUCACUAACACAAAAAAGUACUGUCAGUUGCUGUGUAUGACCCUUAACAACAUGAGUAUAGAUAACGUCUGCUUACAUGGUUUUAUGCGUCAGAAGGAGAGAGUUUCCGCUUUAAAUCGUUUUAAAUCGAAUCAUGUACGUACACUGAUUGCUACUGACGUCGCUGCACGUGGUCUUGACAUACCAAGUGUACAAUUGGUAAUAAAUCAUCGCUUACCGCGCACACCAACAGAAUAUAUACAUCGCGUUGGUCGUACCGCCCGUGCUGGACGUAAAGGAGUAGCAAUAUCUAUACUUCGAUUUCCACGUGACUUAGAAUUGCUCGGCGAAAUUGAAGCAACCAUCAACACGAAAUUGACAGAGCAUCCAAUCGACCAACGAAUGGUGGAGCGAAUUUUUAUGCAAGUUAAUGUAACACGACGUGAGUCAGAAAUACAUUUAGAUAACAACGAUUUUGAAGAACGCGCUCAGAAUUAUAGGCGUAAACAGUGGAUUUUGGAAGGCAAGAAUCCUGAUGUGAUGGAAGAAUCUUUUCAUAAAAAUCGGCGGGAUAAACUGCGUGAGUUUCGGCGGCAACGCAAAGAACGCCAAAAGGAAUGGUCUGAAAAAGAAGCAAGAUUUACAAAAGAUGAACGUUUCAAAACAGUCGAUGUUAAGCGCUUUGAAAAGCGUAAAAAGGCGAAACCAGCAAGUGCUAAUAAUGGCACAGAUGAAACUAACACUGAAUAUUCUGUUAAACAAAAUUUAAUAUUAAAAUCAGAUACCAAAUCAAAAAUUAGUAAUAAGCGUAAUCCAAGAGCGAAUGUAAAUCAUAUCAGAAAUAAAAGAAAGGAAUAAAACUUUAAA